CAAUAUCGCACACAACACGGAGACAGGCCUUUAGAUCCACUGAAUCCGCGAUCACCAGCAACCUCCCCCCCCCGCCCCAUUUGUUUUACCCAUUCAAGGGACGUGGGCUUCACAGGAAGCCACAGGUGGUGGGGUAACUGAAGAUGAAGGAGAAACCACAGCAGCAGAAGAUGUUGAUGUCCCAUCCAGGCCUUCACACAGUCGAACCAAACAAGGGGCAGAUGAUUCAGAGGAAACCUCUGAUGGUGUAAGCAAGUCUGUUCAUCGAGUUUUUGCUUCAAUGUUUGGUGAUCAUGUAAGUGAUGACGAUGACGAGGAGCAUGAACAAAAUGAACAGCUCUCUGCUGGAGAUGUUUUUGCCUUGGAGAUGGAGCUGCAACGAGAACACAAGAAAAUGCAAAGGGAGAGGCGACCUCGAAGUAAACUCCCUAAAGCUUUGAGAGGUCUCAUGGGAGAAGCUAAUAUCAGGUUUGCGCGAGGAGACCGUGAAGAGGCUGUGAUGAUGUGUAUGGAAAUCAUCAGACAAGCUCCUCUUGCUUAUGAGCCCUUCUCUACCCUUGCAAUGAUUUAUGAAGAUCAAGGAGACAUGGAGAAAUCGUUGCAAUUUGGAUUAAUUGCAGCUCAUUUAAAUCCCAGUGAUCCAGAGGAGUGGGUGAAAUUGGCUGAAAUGUCUCUUGAGCAAGACAAUAUCAAACAGGCUAUUUUCUGUUAUUCUAAAGCCAUAAAGUAUGAUACAACAAAUGUCCGGUACCUUUGGGAGCGCAGCAGCCUUUAUGAACAGCUUGGUGAACACAAGCUGGCUAUGGAUGGAUACAGGCGCAUCCUUAAUAUUCUGCCACCUACUGAUGGGGAACACUUCAUGCAGCUAGCCAGAGACAUGGCAAAAAGUUAUUAUGAAACUAAUGAUAUUACAUCAGCUAUUGGUGUGAUGGAAGAGGCCCUUAGCAAACAUCAGAGCCUAGUUUCCGCUGAGGAUGUGAACAUGGCAGCGGAACUGUACCUCUCGAGCAAACAGUAUGAUAAAACAUUAGAGAUUAUAACUACCUUUACUGAAGUUGUGGUUGAAAAGAUUUCUUCAAAACCAGAUCAUGCAGAGGAAGAGAUUACUUACAACUGUCAGAUUCCGGAUGGAGUUCCUAUAGAUAUCCAAGUUAAGCUGAUGGUGUGCUUGAUCCACCUUCAUAUUCUUCAGCCCCUUGAGCUUUUAAUGACUCACUUAAUGGAACAGAAUCCUGAAGACAUGGGAGACCUCUAUUUAGAUGUAGCCGAAGCUUUCCUAGAGAUUGGCGAGUAUAACUCUGCAUUGCCCCUUUUGAGUGCCCUUGUGUGUUCAGAACGAUACAACCUUGCAGUUGUCUGGCUCCGUCAUGCAGAGUGCUUGAAAGCACUGGGACACAUGGAGCUGGCAGCAGAGAGCUAUGCCAAAGUGGUGGCAAUGGCACCUUUGCACCUGGAUGCACGUAUUUCUCUCUCAACCUUACAACAACAACUAGGGCGGCCAGAGAAAGCUCUUGAGGCACUGGAAUCAAUGCAUGAUGCUGAAACGUUAACACAUGAUGCGAAUGCAGCUCAGCAGGAAUUGAAGCUGUUACUUCACCGUUCAACCUUACUGUAUUCCCAAAAAAAGUUACCUGAUUAUGUGGAUGCUUUACUUGCCAUGUUAGCAAUGCUUUUAAAGGUGGCAAUGAGCAGGGCUCAAGUUUCUUUAGUUUCAAAAUCCAAAAAUGGGGAAAAACACCUGCAUCUUGCCAAGGACUCAAGAGAUAAAGUUAGUGACAUUGAUGAUCAGGAAGCUGCAUAUUUGGAUGUGAAAGGAAAGACUAGUGUUCUGAAUAAAGAUGACUGGUGGAAUUUAUUGUUAAAAGCCAUUUACACCUUGUGUGACCUCAGACGUUUCAAAGAAGCUGAACUAUUGGUUGAUUCUUCCUUGGAAUAUUAUUCAUUUUAUGAUGACAGGCAGAAACGGAAAGAGUUGGAAUACUUUGGCCUGUCAGCUGCUGUUCUGGACAAUAACUUCAGGAAAGCAUACAAUUAUAUCAGGGUCAUGGUGAUGGAAAAUGUGAAUAGACCUCAGCUAUGGAAUAUUUUUAACCAAGUUACCAUGCAUUCUCAAGACCUGAGGCACCAUCGUUUUUGUCUGCGCUUGAUGCUGAAACACCCAGACAAUCAUGCCCUUUGUGUGCUUAAUGGACAUAAUGCUUUUGUUGCUGGAAGCUUCAAGCAUGCUUUAGGUCAGUAUGUUCAGGCAUUUAGAAUUCGACCCAGUGAACCACUACACAGUCUCUGUGUGGGCCUUACUUUUAUCCAUAUGGCAUCUCAGAAGUUUGUUUUGAAACGGCAUCCACUUUUGGUGCAGGGAUUUUCCUUUCUUACACGAUACUUGGAACUUCGAGGACCUUGCCAAGAAGUGUACUAUAACAUAGGACGUGCAUUACACCAACUGGGGCUUGUGCAUUUUGCCAUUCAUUAUUAUGAAAAAGCACUGGAGCUCCCUCCUCUUAAGCUAGAGGGAAUAGAGGAUGAGCAAGUGGAUCUCAGACGAGAUAUUGCUUAUAAUUUAUCAUUAAUAUAUCAGAAUAGUGGAAACAUUGAUAUGGCUCGUAAACUUAUAUAUACACAUUGUGUUGUAUAAAGAUCAUGAAACUGAUGGAAUACCCAAUAUAACUUGAAAAGUUGUAUAAAGUGAAAAGGUUAGCCUUUGUCAUUUAUGUAUAUUAUUUAAUUAAUUUCAGCUCUUUUUUAAAUACUUGUACCAUUAAAAUGUUUCUGA